GAACUGAUCAGCCCGCUCCGACGGACGCUCUCGCGAAAGUGCGAGAGGACUCGGUGGAAGUCUCGCGCGAUCUCCCUGUGCCCGCGAGAAGUGGGGGGAAAAUCCCGGUUCGGCCGCAGCUGCACGGGGAGCGGUGGGUUCGAGGCGGUUGUUUCCCCUGCUCUCAGGUGCAGAGCGGCGGCUUCCUGAGUCACUCCCGCCCCCGCGUGUGUUCAUGGGCAGAUUCGUCUCUCCCGGGGAUGGAGGCGAAUCUGCCGAAGCGGAAAGAAACGCGCAAGUCGCUGAGGAUCAAAGUCAUCUCCAUGGGCAACGCCGAGGUGGGCAAGGUGAGGAGCCGUGGAAGCGAGAUGGGGAGGGGAUUGGCUCCGAUGGGAGUGACUGACAAGCGGGCUGUUCAAUCGGAUGCCUUGCAGCCCGUCGGCCUUGAGGGAGGCAGCGGAUUGGUUGAAAAGUUCGACUGACGUGCCGAGCUGUAUCAUAAAGCGGUACUGUGAAAAGAGGUUUGUUCCCAAAUACCUAGCGACAAUAGGAAUCGACUAUGGCGUCACCAAAGUGCAAAUUAGAGAUCGAGAGAUUAAAGUGAACAUCUUUGACAUGGCUGGGCACCCCUUCUUCUAUGAGGUGCGCAAUGAGUUUUACAAGGACACUCAGGGUGUUGUCCUAGUGUAUGAUGUCGGACAGAAGGAGUCAUUUGAUGCACUGGAUGGCUGGCUGGCUGAGAUGAAGCAGGAGCUUGGACCUCAUGGAAACAUGGAAAACAUUGUCUUUGUUGUCUGUGCCAACAAGAUUGACUGCACCAAGCACCGCUGCGUGGAUGAGAGUGAAGGGCGACUGUGGGCAGAAAGCCGAGGGUUUCUUUACUUUGAGACUUCAGCACAGACCGGAGAAGGAAUCAAUGAGAUGUUCCAGACCUUCUAUUCCGCAAUUGUUGAUCUGUGCGACAAUGGUGGGAAACGCCCCACAUCGAGCAUGAGCGUUGGGUUCACCAAAGAGCAGGCGGACACCAUUCGGAGGAUCCGCAACAGCAAGGACAGCUGGGACAUGUUGGGAGUCAAACCUGGAGCCACAAGGGACGAGGUGAACAAAGCCUAUCGGAAGCUGGCCGUGCUGCUCCAUCCGGACAAGUGCAUGGCUCCCGGCAGCGAGGACGCCUUCAAAGCUGUCGUGAAUGCGCGGACGGCGCUUCUCAAAACCAUCAAAUAGAGGAUGGAUCCGGAAAGCCCACCCUGGCGGACCCCACGCCCACGAUUCCCGGAGAGCAAGUUGACCAGGGCAACCUUCUCCUCCCCAGCACUCAUUACUGACUUAGUAAUGGAGACUAGGGGCCUCCUCCUGCUUCCACUAACUGACAGAGGAACAGGAGUUGGCCCUCGGUAGCUGCGUUUCACCACUGUGCCAGUUUCUUUCUACCUUGAGAGCUGAGCAGAGGAGCUGUGCCCAGUGCACCCAGCCUUGAACCACGUUCCUGAUUGAGUCUGAGGCCCAGAUUCACGGCUGGCGUGAGCAGCGCUUCUGAAGGCAGUGGUGUUGCACCAGUUCUCACCAGCAAUGGAUUUGGCCCCCAGUCUUGUUUCACGUGAAUUCUUGAAUGAAGCCUCCCCUGCUAGGCAUUACUGGCCCUUGAGGCUUCUCCUUAGAUGAGUGGGAGGGGCUGGCUCCGAGCGCAUCGUUGUGGUUGUUUAUCCCAAUGCUAAAACCAGCAAGAGCAAUCUGGCCUACCCCAGCACAAACGAGUCCCGCGUACCAUGGCCUAAAUGCUCAUCUUACAGCAUCGGCUCUGAGUUUGCUCUAGAUUCAGAGACAGGACGCUAGCAGAGGCAGCCGCCUUGCACGUGGAUUGGCUGUCUACGCUACAAAUACCCCUGAGGUUCAAGGAAACUCCGGGUAUGGUCCCUGAUUCCUUGAAACUAGUAGAGAAUGUCAGUGAACUCUGUGUUAGACACGUUGGAUCAGGGGCUGACUUCUUGGUCACAACAGGACAUAAGCCUGCCCAUUUCUUAGCCUCUUAAGUAAGGGCCCGAUAUGGAACUUGGAUGGGCGGUGAAUUGUCCCUGGUGGGAGAGAACCCUUCUCCGGCCAGACUGGGAAGCACUAUCACUGGGGAGGGGAGGGCAGAGGAAUGCAGCUUCUCGAACGUGGCUUGAGUGCAGAGGCCUUUGCUCUUUGUGCCUGUGGCAAAAGCCCAGCGAAUUCACUAGAGAGCACAGCGGGGAUGAAAUCCGGGACGUGAGUGUUUAAAACCAAAUGCCACGUGCCUGUGGGCCGACUGUCUGCAGGGAGAGGCUGAGCGCAAUGCACCAGGGAAUCCUAUGCCCUAAGAUUUGACUUAAAACAAUAUUCACCCCCCUGUUUCAGCAGAGUGGGCCUGAAAUACUGAGCGCCCUAAGCUCUGGUUGACUUCACAGGGAGCAGAGUGCUCAGCUUCUCAGGAUCAGGCCCUCUCCUGUUUGGCACGUCUAGGAAAUGGCUCUUGAGACUAAGUUAUUUCAUAGGGACGAGCCAGUUCUAUGUUUCCUCAUGUGCUAAGCAGUAACACCUAUCUUGAGCCUGCAGAAGUCAAAGGUAGUCUGACUUUCCCAGCAAAGCUUAGUUAUUUCUCUGUCCCUGAGCCAGGCUUACAAAAACUUCACUCCUGGAAAUACUAAACCCAACAGGAGAGAUGUGCCUGAGGAAAGAUUAAGGAUUAGAUGGUGCCUAAACCUGCCUGGGGAGGAAAGGGUGCAAGGAACUGUCUGUCGUCCUCAUCCCUCUGCUCCAGCAUCACUGCUCAAAUACCAGGAACAAUCUCUGUCCUUCUCCCCUCUCAGAAUGCAAGUUGCCGGGGGCUUAGCUACCAACGCUGCAUGGGUAGGGCUGCAGGUCCUGCGUCUGCUACGGGCAGGCUGCUUUAUUGGGAAGGGCACACUGCACCCUUAAAGGGUGUCGCUGCCACCGCCCGCGUACAGGCACUCCCACCUCUCCCCGCAUGCAGGCUGAAGGCCACAGGCCAGCCCAGAAUAAACACUGCAGGAUUUGCCCCGGACACUACGAUCCUAGAGCCUGGGAGGCGUCCAGCUCUGGGAAGCUCUGUUGUCACUAAGUGGAGGCCGGAUGUUCUUCCUGUAGUCACACCUGGAUAAUGAUGGCACGAACGUCCCUAUGAAUAUGACAGGGCCUCUCUACCCAGUGUCGUCAUCCUGGCCAUGUCCUCCCAGUUACAGCCUGAAAUCUCCCACCGUGGGCUUUCUCUGGCUGGCUAAAAUAACCUUAGCAGAGCGGGAUGCACAGGCUCCGCAGCUGCUUAAACCUCGCCUGUGAGUCUCUGGCCCUCCACAAACUGUUGGCAUGGUACUGAUUAAGGUACCCAUGGGUAAAAGCCCGUCCUGAUGGGGUUUUUCAAGUGAACAGUGUGCCCCCUCAGCCGUUGCACAUAGGAUGAGGAAACUGACACAGUGAGGAAUUCUUUCAGGAAAAUACAGGCCCAGGUUUUGUUGUGCACCUCUGAAACCAGAGCCCCUUCUUUUGGCACCCAAGCCUUGCACACUUUGUUCAUUCCCUUUAAAAUUCCUCCAUUGCAAAUCUGCAUGCAAGUAAUGCAGCUUCCUAGGGGUACCAGAGCAAAUGGGGUUAGGACAUUUCUGAGACUGGAGGUGUGUGCUUGUGUCUGAGAUGGUGCUGGAAAUAGCAAUCAUCUCUGGUCAGGCUUCUCCUAGGGGAGCGAAACCAUUGCACUCAUUUUAUCGUAGUGUGAAGGGAAUGCUUUAGCUGUUACGAAAUGUCCAGGGUGAGACUUCCAAGCCAAAAAUGAGAGCACCACCCAUUGUAUAUUGAUCCACCUGUGCACUUUAAGCUUUGACAAUGUAUCAUAUGUUAUGUGGAGAGUAGGCUUUGCUUGUGAGUGUAUUUUCUCUCACUUCAAAUAAGUCUUUCCCCCUGCUUAACCUGUUAGAUUAGAAGUUCAGUCUUCUGACCAUUGUGAAUGUCGUGCAAGAUAAAAUUGCCAUAAACCCGGGUGCAGGUUCUUUGUAUUUUCACGUGCUGUUUUCUUUGUCUUGCAUAUUGUGUUGCAUUCUGGGCAUCUCAUUUAGUCAGAGUUCUCCUGACGUCAUGACCUAAUUCUUACAAGGCUGCUGUCGGUAGUGUAGGCUCAGAAUUCAGCCAUUGUGCUCUUCCUGAAAAAUUAUAGCCAUGAUUUUUACUGGAACCACACAGAAACAAAGCUGUGAGCUCGCCCUACAGGUCUGCGGCAGCUACUCAGCUUUCUCCCUUGCAUUUCCACAGGUGCCAGCUAGAAAAGGACAAUGGGUAGGGGACAGAGGAUUGAAGCUAUGAAAGUAUUAAGCAGUGGGAAAUAAAAGCACAUUAAAGACAAAUUCCACAUACACCCACCCCACAACAGAGUUUUGUGUUCUUAAAAUUCAUUAUUUCAUGCAGUUGGUGCAAUUCAAGACAUCCUUUUCCUCUCACUUUCAAGGCAACUUUUCUGUCUUUCCCCCCAGCCCCGCUAAAAGCAAUUUAAAGGUUGAUGUAUUUAUUUUGUUUGUUUGUUUGUUUUGCUGCGAAUUUCAUAAGACUACAUUAUUUCCAUCUACACCAAGUUUCAGAUGCCCGACUGCGGGGAGAUAGGGCUAGGGGGAGAAAAGAUCUGCUGAAAAGCAGCUGUUAUACCUCAGACAUAUAAAUAAUCAUUUGAGACAUUGUUCCAUAAGGUUAACUUUAGUUUUAAAUUAGCAACAUUUCUUCUCUCCCAAAGCAAAUUCAAAUGUUACGGGCAAGUUCCUGCGCUGGUGUUAAAUCAGCAUUGGAGUAUGUGGAGCUAGGUCAGUUUACAUUCUUAAGCUCUUUGGAGGCCUCCUCAUCUCCCAUGCUAAGGAAACCACUUGAUUCUGGCUUCAAACCUAGUUCUCUGUGUAUUUUCCAGGAAGGAAGGAUAAAUAAUUCUGCUGCUGGAUGGUGCAAUUCCAAGCCAUAAAGGCCAACUUCUAGGAAGAGUCUUGUUAAUGGCUGAUUGUUGUUCAGAAAUAGUUCCUAUGUUCAGGGAUGCACUUACCCCUUCUGGUGUGUUGGAUAUAUAAACUGUGAAUGCACUGUGUUUUACUCUUAUAAAUUCAACCAAUAGAAUAAAAGGUAUUUUUAUGUCUGCUUUUGUUGUUUACCUGAACUGACUGGAAACACUGAAAUGACUACGCAUGCGUGUCUUGUCGAGAGACUUGAUGUACUUUUAAGCUGUGUAGUUUUAUAAAGCAAAACUGAGUUUAAAACAAAA